ACACAAGGGACGGCACACCGGACCGCCUUGUCCCCUCAACACCAUCCAAUAGGUAUGGAGAGCAGUAGUGUGCAACAAACGCCGGAGAGCGGGCGGCCUCCUAAGCGCGUCUCUCAGGCUUGUGAAGCCUGUCGAACAGUNCGCAAGAAGUCGAGAUGUCCUGGAGAGAAGCCUGCGUGUUCUCUUUGCACAAGAUUGAAACAGACUUGUGUAUAUGCGGAUGAUGGAUCUAUGCCAGAGGUCAGAUCUGCCGCUAUCGAGCGACGAAUGACACAAAGNAAUGCUCGCUUCUCGGAAUUGGAAAAUAAACUCGAAUCUCUUCUCAAAGCCAUUAUGUGUGCCUCGUUUUGUACUCAUGCUGUAGCUAACGACAUCNNAGACGACAAUGGGCAGCGAUCGCACUUGUUCCUGGUCAACGCCAUCGCUCUCGCCCAAACAUCUGGCCUUCUCGAUCCACAGGUAGUCAUCAACAAUUCAGUUGAGCUCGAGGAGAGAAGACGUUGCUUCUGGAGCAUAGCCAUCAUGGAGAAUAUGUUCAACCUACAAACCCUGACGUUGGGCGCNAAAAGUAUUACUUACCAUGCUUCUUUCAAACCAGUCAGUCCCAACGCGACUUCAAGAGGAGAAUUGGUAUCGCCAUCCUCGCAGAACAUUGUGGCCGACGGCCCAGUUCCAGGCAUCAUCAUCAACACAUUGCCGAUGUUUGACAUAUUCAAAAAGGCCGCCAAGUAUGUUACAGACACGAAAAGCGGUGCACUCCCUCAUGCACCAUGGCAACAACAAUCAGACUAUGCUGCAAUCCAAGCCGAUAUUCUGGAGUUGGAAUCCAAUUUCUAUUCAGAAUAUCGAUUUGACAGGACAAAGAUGACGCAGCAUUCCAAGGAGGCCAUCGAGCAGAAUUGGGCUUUCUGGAGCUGCUGGUUGGUGAAUCAGUUCAUGUAUCACACGAUUCAUAUGCUGCUUAAUCAUCCGUUCCUCAUAUCGCUGCGUAUAGCUGCUGCUGGACGAUGUCCUAGAACUUUCAGUCAGUCGACGUCGGAUCAAGUGGUGGUGCACUCGAAUUGGAUCAUUCGUCUUUUGGACCUUCUCGAGGAGAAAGAGGUCAAUGUCUCGGACCCAUUCUUGGCUUACUGCAUCUCGGUCGCGAUCACAGUUUUUAUUCACUAUCGCAAUGCGGAGAUUCAAAGUUUACGACAGAAUGCUGAGAAGGGGUUGUUCAAGGGGCGACAAGAACUAGGNGAGCUUUCAUCGCUGCUCAAAAACGUCGAACGCAUGGUAUCAUAUCCCUCCCUCUUGUAG